AUGAGCACUGGGUGUUAUAUGCAACCGUUCUUCCCGGGCACCUACAACGACGUCCCCCCGACCUAUGAGAUGCUCAAGGAGGAGCACGAGGUGGCUGUAUUCGGGGCGCCCCAGAGCUCGGCUCCCGUGACGACCACUGUGAUCAACAUCCGUAGUGAGACAGCCGUGCCUGACCACAUCGUCUGGUCCCUGUUCAACACCAUCUUCAUGAACUGGUGCUGCCUGGGCUUCGUGGCCUUCGCCUACUCCAUGAAGUCCAGGGACCGGAAGAUGGUGGGUGACAUGACUGGGGCCCAGACUUAUGCCUCCACCGCCAAGUGCCUGAACAUCUGGGCCCUGGUCUUGGGCCUCCUUCUGACCACUGGAUCCAUUGUUCUUCUGCUGUUUGUCUACACUACCGCCUACAGUGUAUUUUUGAAGUCUAUGCAGGAGAACAAUGGGUACCACUAG